UCUUGGCUAAAACAUUAGUUGUUUGGUCUCUAAAAUGCCUGAAAAUAGUGAAAAAUGCUGAUUAGUGUCUCCCAAAUCUCAAGGUGACAUUCUCAAAUGUGUGUUUAUUUUUAAAAACUUCCCACACUGAUUAAUUGACAGUGAAUUCAAUAUUUAAUUUGUUGAAUAAUCAUUACAGGUUUUCACAAUAAAACAAAGUACUAGUAACGAUACUUCUGCUGUCAAGACAAAUUCAGAUUUAUUUAUUAUUAUUGAUUUUUUUAUUAUCUUGUGGGUUUCAUAUUUCAUAUAGCAACUGGAAUUUUUGUUUAUUUCUUGACAAAAAUUGUUUACAGUCCAGAAUAUAACACCACAUAUCCAACAGUAGGUGGCGGUCGUGCUCCGACUGAGUGCACCACAUUUAAAACAGGAGAGGAAGAACGCGGGCGGUGCUGGUGGUGCUGGUUACGUAGCGGAGGGAAAUCCAAAAUACAGCCGCCGAGGUGUAGCUGGAAGUUAAAUUAAGCUAGACAGCGACAGAACAGUCGAAAGUAACUGGCACAAAGUAAGUGAAUACACUUUUAUACUGAGCAAACAACAUCUCAAUUUAAUGUUACUGCAGUAUUUUGAACUUUGAAGUUAUACGAGCUUAUUUUCAGGUUCGACGUUAACAGCUGAAGACGUUAGCUUAAUAUCGUAGGAGGCAGCUUGAGGGUGGAUUAACAAGUACUUGCACCUGUUUCAGAUGUAUCUGUUUCCUGGGUCCAGUCUACCCCUAACCUGGUCUUCAUGCAGUGACCAAAUUAAACCAAAACGCUAAAACACAUUCAACAUGGAGACCUGUGUUUACUUGUAGAACGUUGACGUUCGUCUUCGUGUUGCAGAAUGCAGAGAGCUUCCCGUUUGAAGCGUGAACUUCAGAUGCUGAGCACCGAGCCCCCUCCCGGGAUAACAUGCUGGCAGACCGAGGAACGGAUAGACGACCUCCGGGCACAGAUAGUGGGCGGAACAGGAACUCCUUAUGAAGGAGGUCUCUUUUCCUUGGAGGUUAAAAUUCCUGAGAGGUACCCAUUUGAGCCUCCCAAAAUACGAUUCCUGACCCCAGUCUACCACCCAAACAUUGAUAAUUCAGGACGUAUCUGCCAUGAUGCUCUCAAACUCCCACCAAAGGGUGCCUGGAAGCCAUCUCUAAACAUCUCCACAGUUCUCACUUCCAUUCAGCUGCUCAUGGCUGAGCCCAAUCCAGACGAUCCACUGAUGGCUGAUAUAUCAUCAGAGUUCAAAUACAACAAACACCUGUUCACGGAGAAGGCCAGGAAGUGGACACAGGAACAUGCUGCUCAGAAGAACACUGGAGUUGUGGAGGACAACAAAGAAAAUACUCAAGAUCAGAAAGUGUCGUCCCGAAAACGAGAGUCACUCAGCGCACAGCCAGGGGCAGAAGAGCCAUCAAAGAAAGCAUGUCUGUAGUUUCCACCUCACUUGUUAGAGCCACAGGUAUCUCUUCACAAACCUCCAUGCCUUAUAUACUUUACAGAUUUUAAAGGUUUUAUUUUUUUUUAUGUAGGGCUAAUACCAUUUUCGUUAUCUGUGUGAAUGGAAAGGUGGAUUUUAAAAUCUACAUUUUUGUGUGUAUAUGUUGUAAUAUUAAAGUUGAACUUUAUUAAUGCAUUA